AUGGGCAAGGACGAAUCUUCACCGACUCGAUUGCCCGUGGUUGAGCCUUUUCCGGCUGGUCCUCGGGAAGCCGACGGAUCCAAAGAUGAGCGCCAGACUACGGCGCCUUCGUCACCAGAGCCUGGAACUGCGGUUAGAAAAUUGCCAGCUAUUGAUGGAGGAAUGGUCGCCUGGCUCCAAGUUUCGUCAGCUUUCGCGCUCUACUGGAACAGUUUGGGUCUGCUCAACAGCUUUGGUGCUUUCCAAACAUACUACGAAACCACACUGCUCAAAAACGAUUCAUCUUCAGCCAUCGCGUGGAUUGGCUCAGUCCAAGUCUUCUUCCUCAUGGCUGGCGGUGUCAUAUUUGGCCCGCUCUAUGACCUUGGCUACGCUAGAUCCAUGCUGAUAACCGGCACAUUCCUUGUCGUCUUCGGCUUCAUGAUGACCAGCAUCAGCACACAGUACUAUCAGUUCCUACUUGCGCAGGGAUUCUGUGUCGGAAUCGGCUCCAGCUGCCUGUACAUUGUCGCCAUCACCUUGGUUCCUGCCUACUUUACAGCCCGAAGGGCUUUAGCAAUGGGGGUUGCAACUGUUGGAAGUAGUCUGGGAGCUACCAUUUCUCCUCUUAUUUUCGAGAGUUUAAAGCCUCGAAUAGGGUUUCCAUGGACUGUUCGAGCCAUUGGUUUCGUCAACUUAGCCAUGUCUUGCUAUGCUGUGAUAGUGGCACGACCUCGAACCAAGGGCGCCAAAACCCUGAUAACAAAGAACAACUCGCUGAAAGAAAUCGUCGAAAUUGCUGGCCUUCUGAAUUCUCGAUACAUGAUUCAAAGCUACGCACAAUCACACGGUAUGGAGGGCGCGUCUUUGGCCAAGUACCUCCUUGUGAUACUCAACGCAGUCGGUAUCCCUGGACGCAUUGUGCCGUCCCUCGUUGCCGAUCGAUUUGGUUUACUGAAUACGUACAUUGGAAUAUGUACCGUGACCGCCAUUACCAUCUUUUACUGGAUCAGCGUGAAUAACACUGCCGGGAACAUGGCGUUUGCGGUAUUGUACGGCUUCUUCUGCGCUAGUGUCGUCACUUUGGCUCCGGUCGUUCUAGCAAGCAUAACCGAUGAUCUUGGAAUUCUGGGAACGAGACUCGGUUUCGUCGCUGUAUUAAAGGGAAUCGGUUCACUCAUUGGGCCGCCAAUUGCUGGCGCUAUUUUGGGAUCAACUGGGAGCUAUCUCGGUGCCCAGCUAUUCACUGGUCUGUCGAUGUCGCUCACGGUUGUCUUUGCAGCAUAUCUUAGAGUCUUGAUAUCCCGGAGGAAAGUAGAAAGUCUAGAGACUGAUUCCUAA